AUGAAAGGCCUCUGGUGUCCCAUCAAAGGCCCCAUUGAGUCCGGGCCACAGGCAGGACAGAGGGGCCACAGUGUCAGCCCUGGAAACAUGACACCCUCCGACAGCGGGUCCACACGGCCCACUCCAGGGCACGCUGACAGCCUGAAGAAAGCAGAUCACGUGGCUGUGACUCGUUCCCAGGACGUGCCCUCCUUCGGUCCUCCUAUCCCCAAGGGUGUGACCUUCCCUAAGUCCACUGUCUUCAGGGACUUCCUGCUGGCCAAGGUCAUCAACGCAGAGAACGCCGCCCACAAGUCUGAAAAGUUUGGUGCCAUGGCGACACGCACGCGACAGGAGUAUCUGCGGGACCUGGCAGAGCGGCACGUGACCAGCACGCCGGUGGAGCCCACGGGGAAAUUCCCCUUCAUCUCAUUGGCUCACAAGCGGAGAGAGAGGGUACGGCCGUACAGCGGGGCAGAGCUAAGGAGCCUAGGGGCAGUGACAUGGCCGGUGCAUGCGGAGGACCAGGUCGCCGGGGCAGAGAGGGAGUGUCUACUGGCCAUCUCCAACGAUUUCCUCAUCCUAUUGGAUCAGGAGGCUAAGGCUGUGGUCUUUAACUGUGCCACGCACGACGUCAUUGGCUGGUCCUCGGGCAGCCCCGCCUCCAUGAAGAUCUACUAUGAGCGUGGGGAGAGUGUGUCGCUGCGCUCCAUCAACAACAACACAGAGGACUUUGGAGAGGUGGUGAAACGCCUGGAGCUCAUGUCAAAGGGCAGCCAGACCACAGAGAUGACCCUGAGGAGGAACGGCCUGGGCCAGCUGGGCUUCCAUGUAAACUUUGAGGGCAUCGUGGCAGAGGUAGAGCCCUACGGGUACGCCUGGCAGGCGGGGCUGCGCCAGGGCAGCAGGCUAGUAGAGAUCUGUAAGGUUGCCGUGGCAUCGUUGUCCCACGAACAGAUGAUCGAUCUCCUGAGGACCUCUGUCACCGUCAAGGUGGUCAUCAUACCCCCACACGAGGACUCCACCCCUCGAAGAGGCUGUUCAGAGCUGUACCACAUGCCCCUGGUGGACUAUAAGAACCACAAGGAGGGGAUGCCCUAUGAGUUUAAAUUCCCCUUACGCAGCAACAACAACAAGUGGCCCCGCACCUCCUCCAGCCCCCAGAGCCGCACCACAGCGGCCCUGGGGGGGACGCUCAUCAAGGCCCCGGCUUCAGACUACCAGGAGCCGACCGGAGUCAUCCCCCGCAGUGUGUCCAGCGACGGGCGCCCUCUCAACCCUAAAAGGUAUUCCCCAGGGAAUGAUAACUAUGCCCUGGCUUGUUCCAUCGUGAUGGGCCGCUCUCCACACACCCGCAAAGCCCCUACCAGCCUCUCCUACAUAGACACUGGGAGCGCAGGCUCCAACCACUGGAGACAGAAGUCCAUGCCAGAUGGGUUUAACAACAAUACCCGCCACUCCCCUGUGUCUGCUGAGCGUCAGGGAGUGGGAGAGGGGUCUAACGGGACUAAGCCUGCCACUGGAUGGCCCCGAGCGGUGGAAGGGGAGCUGGCCGACAGGGAGGCUGAUAGAGCAGACCCAGCUGUAUCCAAGGCUGCAGUAACUCGUCUCCAGCAGCAGGAACAGGGGACACACCUGUCUCCCAACAAGAACAUCAAGGUGGAAGCUUCCUACUCCUCCAGCCAAUCAGGCAGCAACACACUGUCCAGUAAUGCCUCCAGCUCUGCCCACAGUGAUGAAAAGUGGUAUGAGAUUGGCUCCAGCAGGACAGGGGUACGGCCUGACUCAGAGCUCAACGGCUACCUACAGGGGGCAUCCACAGACAGCGGCAUCGAUGCUACCUCUUACGGGGCCACAGGGUCCGGGGGUUCCAGAGCCAAAGAGCGGCGGGCCCAAGAGACCUCUCCUUCAGCCCCAGACUCCCCCGGCCCCCCAGGGAGCAGCGCAUACCCAGCCCAGAGCCCCCUUGUGUUCCCCCCAGCCCCGGACAGUGGCUCCUACACCCUCAGUGAUGCUGCGUCCCACUCCAGUACUCUGAGCUCGGGCCAGUCUGGCAGUCCCAUGGGUCCAGGCUGCAGUCCCAGCUCCUCCCAGGAGGAGUCAGCCCUUGCCACCUCCCCCACCUCUCAGACCUCCCUCUCCCCUGGAGGCCCCAAGAGCUUCUACCCCCGCCAGGGAGCCACCUCCAAGUACCUGAUCGGCUGGAGGAAGCCGGGAGGUACCAUCAACUCUGUGGACUUUGGCAAAACACGCAAACGUCACCAGAGUGAUGGGUUGCUGGGUGGCCAGCCCCAGCUCAGGGCUCAGCUCAGGGCCCAAUCCCCCCAGCGGGUCACCACAUCCAGCCUGCAGGAGGACCUGAAGAAACUCAUCACCCUAGACAGCCCACCACCCUCCUCCCACGACCAAAAGCCCUCUUUCCCCGUCCCCCCUCCCAGCCGGCGCUCCUUGCAGAGGACCCUGUCAGAUGAGAGCAUCUACAGCGGGCAGCGGGAGCCCUCGUACAGCGGGCACAGACAGACACCCAACGACCUGCUCUUCAGCUGCUCCACCAUACCCCGCUCGCCCACCGCCCGCCACGCGCCACCCCGACAACCAUCACACAAGUCUCUGGGUGAUCUAUGUGAGUCGUCCAGCCAGGACCAGGGGGGUAGGAGACAACAGCUGGGGGACCCAUGCCUCAUGCCCCUGCCUAACUCUGGAGCUGACCGUGCUCUGGACUGGUCCAACCUGGUGGAUGCUGCCAAGGCCUUUGAGGGUAGGCAAAUUCAGAGACUGUUAUCUGUUAAUGAUGGGAGCUCCAGCCCAGAGGUCAAAGACACCAGCCCCCAGCAGGCCGAACCCCAGGCUUCCCCACAGAGAAACACCUCGCCUGGUGAGAGCCCAGCUUGUCUGAUGGAGAAGGUGAGCCAACUGGAGUCCAUGGUGAAGCUGCUGCAGGAUGACCUAAAGAAGGAGAAGGAUGCCAAGGUGUCCCUGCAGGCCCAGAUACAGAGCCUGAGAGAGGACAACCAGCGGCUCCAGGAGGAGUCCUACAGCGCCUCGGCCAAGCUCAAGAAGUUCACAGAGUGGGUGUUCAACACCAUCGACAUGAACUGACUGAUCCAUGUGCUAUUGACAGGAACAGCUGAACACACGUGACCACAACACACUAACACUCAAAUGGAUUCACACUAUGGGUGCUCAGAACCACAGGACUUGAUAUUCUGCUAUUGACAUGGACCGAUUCACAGUGGAUGUAAAUGCUGUAUGAUCAACAUGAACUGUUGAUCCCAUCAUGAACCGAUCGGCCAUUAUUCUUCAACACAGUGGAUCUGUAGUACCACCACCACUAACAACUCAAUGAGAGGUGUUUUAAAGGAGAUAGAGGGAGAGAGACAGAGAUGAUCAGCAUGCAGUCCUUUCUUUAGGAUUUGCUGGCACUAUACUGUAGUGUCCCUGCAUGUCUGACAGAGAUGUAUUAACUUCCCUGGGCUAUGCUGUGGAACCUUCCCAUGUUGACCUUGUCCUUCAGAUCCUGCUCCUUCAUACUGUACUCCUCUCCACAGUGGAACAAAUUGUCCAUUGUAGGACAGUUGUGUGUUAUUUAAGACAUUCCCAGAAAGGAACAGUUCAGAAAUGUGUGUUGCAUUCAGUUCAUACACGUAACAGGUUCACAGCACGUUUAAGAGAUUGCAAAAGUCCAAGUUGCAUAUUGAAGAUUUGAGUGAUCAGCUGUUAUUUUGUUAGCAAUUUAUGUAAAAACAUGAUGGGGCUGUCGCUUGUCCCAUAGAAUUGAACUUGUCCCUUUCAGUACAAGUAUAGAAAGGUAAAGACAGGCAGUCUCUCGGCCUGUGUACUGUGUAUUGGAUAUAGUUUAAUAUUAGUACUAUUAUGGUCGAUGCCUCUCAGUGAUGCCUCUCCCAUUGAUCCUCCAUAAAGCAAUGUAAAACAUGUUAUAGGGGGUUGAGUAUACCUCACAUACAGUACUGUACAUGACUACAGCUAGUUAACUGAUGAAAAGUACUUAACUUGCCACGUAAAAAAUAUACAAAUGAAAUAAUAUGGGUGCCAUAAUGACGAGAAUAAGCUUCAAAAUUCAUCAUCAACCAAAGCUGUUCAACAAUUUAUUUUGUAAAUAUAUAUGAGCAGAAAUGUUACCACUGCAAAACACCUUAUAUUGUUUUACCACUACACACUAUGACUCUCUAUGGACUGGGCUCAUUUCAGGAGGGUAAGAUGGGCUUACUGGAUACAGUAGUUCCAGAAUGUACUAUUGGUUAUUAUAUCAAAAUAACUGGACUGACUGGGUGGAUGACUGGAAGACCAGGCGUACUGUUCAAUUCACUUCUAACUGAUGAUAUUGAUUCUACUUGGUCUAUUUGAUUAUUGGUAUGGUCCCAUCCUCGCCUACCUGCUGUAUUGGAUCCACAGUGCCAUCUAGUGAUGAUAACAUGUCGUAACAUGGAAAUACGUACUACACUUGACCUGAUCCACAGCAUGUUACAAAGCCCCUGGUGCCACAUGUAUUUCAUCCUGUUCUACUCUCUGUAGAUGAAAUCGGUACUGUAUGUCAUGACAUAUAACGAUUUUAUGUAAAUCCUUAAAUGCCAGCUACAGUCAUCUAAGUCUAUUAGUAAGUAACUUGGUAGACCCUCCAUGUCUACAGUCAGUUGUACUAUUAAAACCCGCAAGCUUCCCCUUUGGUUCCCAUUCUGUACAACCUGUAUAUAUAUCAAAGGAUUCUGACGCUCAUCAUAAUUUGCACCUUCCUUCUUGACAUGUAUUACAGCAUGUGAUGAUGUUUCCUUUGAGCUGUGAUGUGUAAAAAUGUUUAUAUCUAUUAAAGAUAUUUUGUUCAAUUGUA